AUGACGGUUGAGGAGGGAAUAGAUGAGCUUGCUCACAUUUUACCCUCUUUUGAUUUCUUCAACAGGUAUUACCUGAAUGUGCCAGCCGAAGAACAUGAAUCGCCUCGGAAUCUUCCCAAUUAUGAGGAAAUUGAUAGGCCUUCAUUGCAUAGACCUAGUUUAGCAUCCUUUGAUUCCAUUUCAGAAGCUGGUGAUUCAUUAAAAGACGGUGUUGGUAAUGGUAUCACUAACGUGAGUAUCGAUAACCUUCAUAAAUUACCUGAGGUUGAUACACCAUUUACCAUUGACAUUUAUAUUACUCCAAAUGCUCCCAAAUUUGGAGAACCGUUGGAACCACCUAAUUUUUUAAACGAGUACACUUGUGGUGACGUUGUUCAUGGUAUUGUUGUAAUUGGUAACAAUUCUGAUAAACCAAUGACGUUUGAAAUGUUUUAUGUAAUGUUAGAGGGUACAAUUGCGGUUGUUGAUCGUACUCAAAAGACAAGAAGUACUAAAAACUUUGUCCGUAUGGUAGAUAUGAGUGCGAGUUGGGCUCAAUUUAAUGUAGAACCAUCAAUUUCAAGGAAUCAACAUUGUGGAAGAUUCGAUUCUUGUGAUAACACAAUUUUCGGACUCUCUCAUACUAAAAUUUUACAACCUCAUAGCCGCCAUAAAAAAUUCUUCAGCUUUAAAAUUCCUGAUCAAUUGCUGGAAUCACAGUGUCCACACGGGAUGAGUGAACAUUUUUCUUUGCCGCCGAGCGUUGGUGUAGAUAAACAUCGUAAGGGGUGCAAUUUUAGAGACCUUAAAAUCAACCGUCAACUGGGUUAUGGUAGGGUUACAUCUAGAGGUGGUCCAGUUUGGGCGGAUGAUUUGGCAGAUGACGACGUAUGUGUUAAUUAUUCAGUCAAGGCAAUUUUAGUCGGUAGACACAACAAGACCAAAGAAUUAGUUAACAUAAAACAAUCUGAAUACAGUAUCAGAGUUAUUCCGACAACUUUUGAAAUGGUGUCGAGACAAAAAAUGGAUUGUAGCAGUGAAUUAGAAUCAUUAAUUAGAAAAACCGAAUCAAGCAUUUCAAAAUUGGAAUUAGUUAAGAGGAAAUAUGAUGAAAAGGGAUUUGUUAAGAAUGAAGAUUUGGAGUCAGACGUUUUUAUGUUGAAAGAAGUUCAAUUAAGAUCUCUUUCGAAAAGCUUUGAUGCUAAUUGGGAGAAAAGAUCCGGUACGUUAGAAGUGGGAUUGCUUUACAAGGUCGAACCCAAAUGGACUUCUAAAUUCAUUAAUAGUCCGCAACAAAAGGCAGGAAUCAUAAUAGGUAGAAUACGAACUCCGCAUGUUGUAUUACCUUAUCGACCACCAAUAUUAAUUUAUGAUCGUAACCGUUUCGAAAUAAAGAACAAGCAUGAACGAGAAAACGCACUGAGGUUGUCGCAAAUAUGUGGUAAUGCAUUAGAAGAUUUAGAGAUUGAAUUGGAAUGCAACCCCGCCAAUAAUAGUGAUGGGAAGCCUCCUGGUAUCAAAGCUAUCUCUGCAGAACUAAUUAGUGUUACAGGUAUGUCCAAGAGGGAUAUAUAA